AUGGCCAUGGCCCUCAAACUGCGAUCGGGUCUCAAGCUGCUCGCGUCGUCAGAAGCGGCUAUUUCCGGAUCAGGCAAGUAUCGUGCUACCCGUGUCAGGUCGGGAAAUCGAUGAGAGGGUCACAGACUGUUUUGUGCGAUUUAGAUCAGGCAUGCUCGAAAGUUUCAUUCAGCGCAUGUUCUAUGCCAAGGAUUGAAGAUUUUUCUUUUUUUUUAUUGUUAAAUUUCAUCUUUUCUAUGGUUCAUCGUGAUUUUUCGUCGACGAUUUGCACCCGGUGAACGCACGAACCAAGGAGAUUUCUCCUUGUUGUUUCUUCACAGCACGCAUGAAUAGAUAUCGGUGGCAUCCAAGGUCACUGGUGGUACGGAUUUUCCAACCGCGGCACAGGUGGAUCUCCUAUUAUUGAUGUGAACCGGUAGAUAUUUUCCAGUGUCAUGAUAAUUAUGAAUAAAGAUCUAAAACUUGAUGCUUUUUCUACCAUCAACUGUCUAUAAAUUGAAAGACUCGGAUUGGACAAUAGUUCGUUCUUUCUGGUGCAUAACUUUAGACAACCAAGUUGGAUGGUUUAUCAUUUUUCUGUAUUUCAAUUUCUGCAGAGUUUAAUGACAGGCUUGUAAGAGAUAUGUAUACGCCAAUAAUAAUUUUACGGGUUCUUACCACCCCCUGCAAUGCUUUCCGCGAGACUACAAUUAUCGUUAACUUUGCACGGGUAUUGAUUAUCACUGUUAACACUGCGCACAGAAACAUGUGGUUGUGCGUAUGAAUGCAGAUACAUAGGCGUGGGUUUUGCCUUUGUGCGUGUUCGUGAUUGUGCGCAUGCGUGAACACAUGAACCCAUAACGUUUUCCAUCAUAUCGUUCGCAUAGAUGUUCUGCCUCUGCCAUCUCUGAGCCUGGUAGCUAACCUUUGUUUUCCACCAAACCGAUUCUGGCGUCUUCUUCCAUCAUAUGUUGGAUUCCAUGUCAAAAUAAUGACUUUAAUAAAUCAUAAUCAUGAAACCUCUUCAUGUAGGCAAAGUGGUGGGUGUGAGUUUGAUAUAACUAUGUCACAUGUUGUGAUAGCAACCAUUGGUAUAACCAUACGGUGAAUACAGGAGACCAUAGCUUUAACAACGGGUUACAAAACGGGGGAGAUCUAGCAUCAAUUUUAUUCUGCUCUAUGUGAUUCUAAAAUGCGUAAAUACCAUAUAAUGCCCAUUAUGGCAAGAAAGUCGUGUCGAAUGGUGAUUGGUCUUAUCAAUGAUGAGGUAAAGGUUUUGUUUUUAGGUUUGAGGACAGUAAUUCGUUUUGAUUCGAAAAUGUUCCAGUUUUGGCAAAAAUUCGCGUCACGUCGCUAGAAGAAUUUUGAUUUUGGGUUGUCAGAUUUAUGGCCAUUGGUUCUCAGAGAUUUGCCUUAGGAAGUGACAUCUCGGGUUCAAGACGCACAGAAAAUCAGUACCAGAGGAAGUGAGUGUGCCCGAAUUUCUUUGAAAGACAUUAAUUUCAAUUUCAAUAUUUAGUAUAUGUCAAAUACCAGAAUGUAACAGUGAAACAUAGGUGUUUCCAGGUUUAUUUGUUAGGUGACAGUCUUAUUUUAUCAAAAUUGACCUUUUUCAUAUUUUUCUCACGCUGUCUCAUUCAUAAUAUUUUUUGUCCAAAUGAAGUACUUUAACUUGGAUUCAUGUUUCCAACAGGAUAGAUUUCCUGCCUUCGUUUUCAUUUAAUUUAAUCUGAGUAUGGUUUGAGUAAUGUUGACAUGGUGUUUGGCUGUUGACCUGCGUCAUAAUGGAUAAAUAAUUUUUCUUUUGGUCAGCGCUGAAAUCAUUGUUUGGUCCUGAAGUGGAUCCAUCUACCAGGUUUAGUUGGGCUGGUAAAAAAAUUACUUGUGAAAUGUUCUGAAAGCAGAAGUAAACGUAAAAACUGUGUUUGUUGUCAGUGAAAGGAGGAUGAAAGAAGUAGUGAGUUAUAAAGAAUGGUAAAGACCUAAUGUUUCGGUUUUAGGAUCAAAAGGGGAAAAGGUAGAGGUCCUAAGAUGUAGAGAGAAAUUUGUUCGUAGAAUUUUUGGUUUCUCUAGGACAAGGCAACGCACCGGACUGAUUCCCCUUUUGAUUCUUCAUUAACUUGUUGGAGGUGAUUAGAAAUAACUUACGGGGUUUAUCGAGGAGGUUCUAUAGAACAGGGAUGCUUUGACUAUCGGUGGAUGUUAGCUUCCUGAAUCAGGUGUGCUCAGUCACCUAAGUAAUGAAUGCAAAAUGACAGGAGGGAGUAUUCAACAGGAUGAUCAGCUGGAAUUGUACGGCCUCCUGCAAGGGAAACGAUUUCAUGGAAGUUCACAGGGCAUAUGAAUGCAUACUUGUUAUGAAGACCUGGCAAUGAAUUUGAUUGAUUUUCAAGCUAGGGUGUGAGAAGGCCCGUGAAAAGUUGAGAUUGAAUUGAUUUAGUCUCUUGAUAGGAUAAGUUUUAUUGAUAAAUCUCAUCUCGUAUUACCUAUGCUGGUAUUAGACACUUCUCACCAACCAGAUAAUGAGGUGCAGAUACUUGUAGCAGAAUGAUUUUGGAUUCUCCUGAAGAAGCAACUGAAGUUGGGGGGUCGAUUGUGGUUUCAGGUUGUGAGAUUGAUGAUUUCCUCUCUCUUACAUAAGGAGAACAUUUGUCCGUGGUACGUUGCCUUCUGUGGAUUAAGCAAAUCGCAUAUAGAAAGAUUCCGAUAGGGCCCUGAGACUAUUCACGCAUAUUGGGGAUUAUAUACGUAAUAGGGUCUUUUAAGUUCCCCAGUUUAGUGCGGUAAAAGAGAAGCCUGAGAAUGACUCGGCCAAAAUGGUACAUUUUGGUGGCUAGGAAAAUCCCUGAUAAAUUAACAAAGAGGGAGUACUUCUCAACCUUCAUUCUAUGAGCUUCCAUUCUCUACUUAUGUGUGGUUGAGUGUGAUAUUUGCUAGAGAAUCAUCUCAGAAUCAAUUAUUAUGCAACUAUUUUACCUUUGCUCGAAUUUUCUGUCAAUAUGGCAUUUUCUGCUCGAGUGGAAGUUUUGGAAGGCUAAAGGAUAAAGGGAAAUAUCUGGUGGAUGCAGUUCUCCUUGGGUUUAGUGAUUAUAGGGCGGAAUCUGGAAGAAGUAGACCGUUUGUAGAUAAAUAUUCGAUUUUUUUUUUGGGUUAGGUUUUACUCGAAGGUGACUCUUUACAAUAAUUAGAUGAUACUUUGAGCUGACGCCAAAUUGCAUUUUACAUCAGCAGGUUCGGCCAUAAAAUACAUUCUACCAUCAUCCAUCACUAGGGCUGCCCAACUAAGAUUAGUUUUCCAUCAAAUUCUCUUUCUAAAAAACUAUUCACACCAAUGCUGGUUUCUCUGGCAUUAGUCAUUUUUUUAUGGGAAUCCAAUCAUAUGGUUAAUUUUUAUUACUUAGUAUGUACAAAUUUCACGAAGGCAUGUUUGUCUCUUGGAAUAUCCUUUGUCAUCGCUACUUUACUCAGUAGCCCCUUCCAAAAUGGAUUAAGACCUGCUUUUAUUUGGGAAGACAUGCCCAGAAGGAAUCUAUUAAUCCAUUUACAGUUAGAGUUCCUCAUCGGCUUCCAUUUGCUCACGAGGACAGAUCGAUUUGAUGUGCAGUGUCCAGAGGUAUCCACUCUACCGGGGUGAAGAGGAUGGGUGGCGGGCACGGCCAUGGCCACGGUAACGACUAUGAAUACUACCUUCAUGCGAAGCACAUGUACAACCUGCACCGGAUGAAGCACCAGGGCCUCAAGAUGACGCUCGGGGUGCUCUCUGCCGUCAGCAUUGGUGUGGCCGUCCCCAUCGUGGCCGUCGUGUUCCAGCAGAAGAAGACUGCCUCCGGUUGA